CUACGUUACAAUCUCACACUUGGCACCAACCCCAACCCAACUACUAAACUAGAAUUUCAACUCAACCCAGCAGCAGCAUUUGAAACUAUGUCCCUCCCCGAACCCCUUGACCAAGAUCAUCCACCCUUACCCUCCUCCUACACCACCACCAUCACCACCACCACCACCACCCCUCCUCAUCCUCCCUCUCAAUCUACUCAUCCUCCGCAAGAACCCCCCGCCUCCCCCGCCACCAAACCCUCCCUCGAAGCCCAAACCGCAUUCACCGCCACCCUCCGCAGCGUCGGCCAAAACUACGAAACCCAGUUGCGCGAGCGCGCCCGCACCCUCCACGACAACGCCGCGGUGCUCGACCAGCAACAGACGAAUCUGCAGCAGGCGACGGCGGCGCUGGCGAAACAGAACGUGCAGCUGGGCCGGGUGGCGGAUUCGGCGCGCUCGGCGCUCAAGGAGAUCGGGGAUGUGCAGAAUUGGGCGGAGGUGAUUGAGCAGGAGAUUUUGGUGUUGGAGGAGACGUUGCGGUUGGUUGAGAUGGGGGAUGGGGAGGAUCACGUUGAUCAUAGUAAGGUGGAUGGGGAAGAACAUGGGACUGGGGAUGGGAAUGGAAAGGUAGUUAGGGAGGAGGUUGCUAGGGACUCCUCGGAUGGUAAUGAGAUUCGUGAGGAUGAAGUGCCGGUCAGACGUGGAGGGUGGUUUCGAUGGUGGUGAGAUUAACUUAUGUUGUUAAUAUUCCUCAACUUGAUGUUUACUCCGUAUUGAUUCUAUGGUUCUAUAUAUAUGGUUGCAUAGAACUUGGACGCGCCCGCCCCGCUUCUUACUACACCACCACUA